AUGGCGACCGACCCAUCCAAGUACAAGCUCAACCACUCCAUGAUCCGGAUCAAGGAUCCGAAGCGAUCUGUCCAGUUCUAUGAGUUCCUUGGAAUGAAGCAGAUCAACCAGAUCAAGAACCCCGACGCCAAGUUCGACCUUUACUUCCUCGCGUACGAUAGCCCGAAGGCCGCCUCGCACGGCAACCACUGGACCGACCGCGAGGGAAUUGUCGAGUUGACGCACAACUACGGCACCGAAGACGAUCCAAACUACAAGAUCAGCAAUGGCAACACGGAACCACACAAAGGCUUUGGCCACCUCUGCAUCUCCGUGGACAACCUGCAGGCAGCUUGUCAGAGGCUAGAAGAUGCGGGUUACAAGUUCCAGAAGAAGCUCACAGACGGUCGCAUGCGCCACAUUGCGUUUGUGCUCGACCCUGAUGGCUACUGGGUGGAGGUCAUUGGUCAAAAGCCACUGGAGGAGACCGAGAACGUCAAGGACACCGAUACAGGCUCGUACCGCAUGAACCACACCAUGAUCCGUGUCAAGGACAAGGAGGCCUCACUCAACUUCUACCAAGACAUCAUGGGCAUGAAACUUAAGCGCACCUCUGAGAAUGAAAGCGCUAAGUUCAACCUCUACUUCCUCGGAUAUGGCCCCGAUGCAUCCGAAAACACCGCAAACGGCGUCAACCCGGUGGCAAACACCGAAGGCCUGCUUGAGCUGACCUAUAACUACGGAACCGAGAACGACGCAAACUUCAAGUACCACAACGGCAACGAUGAGCCCCAAGGAUUCGGCCACAUCUGCAUUGCUGUCGACGAUCUCGACGCCGCCUGUGCUCGGUUCGAAGAGAAGAAGGUCAACUGGAAGAAGAGGCUUACUGACGGUCGCAUGAAGAACAUCGCUUUCGUACUAGAUCCCGAUGGUUACUGGAUCGAGGUAGUGCAGAACGAGAAGCUCAAGACACGUAGCAAUUGGUAA